GGUCUUAGAGCACCGGCAGAGGGGAGGUGGGGAGCAGAGGGGAGAGAGAGAGAAAGAGAGAGAGCGAGAGAGAGCGAGAGAGAGAGCGAGAGAGAGAGAGAGGAGGCAGAGAUGUCAGAAGAUGUGGUUUCCCUGAGCUUCAGCGAGCGUCCCCGAUGCACACUUUGAGGAAGACAGGAGGCGAAGCAGCACGCUGCACGCUGCACGCCGCUCACACAGGCUGCCUGGCUGCGACGGGGCGGGGGGGGCCAGGCCAACACAGCGAGACAAGCCGAUCUGCCUGGGGGGGUACACACUUUACUGCCGCAGGGUCGUCUUCACUUUCAAAGCCUGCAGCCGCAAAAGCCCCUUCGUCUGCUUGGAUCUGGGGGGGUGGGGGGGAGCGUGGAUGGUCUGCAUGGACUGAGGCAACACCACCCUCCUGGAGAUGAGUGGAGACUUCACAGCUGCCUGUCGCUGAUCUCUGAGACAAACCUGUAGUCGGCGAUCUUCUAAGCAGGUGGCCGAUAGACGAAGAAGAGAUGGGCUGCAAGCUGCCCAAGCUGAAGCGGACUGAGGAUAGCAGCCCAGGAAAGAUUUAUUCCACCCUCAAGCGACCGCAGGUGGAGACCAAAGUGGGGGUGGUCUACACCUACCGCUUCCUGGACUUUAUUCUGGGGAAAGACGAUGGCACGUCUAUGCUGUGCAUUUCCUCGGUACGGGAGCUGCCAGCCCAGAUGCUCGACCUGUACCAGCAGGGCUUCGUCUUGGCAGCAGUGCACCCCUUCAUCCACCCGUGUGGCACCAAGCCAGGCAGCGAGCAGAGGCUGUUAUACCGGGCGGUCCUGAUCCGGCUCUCCGACAGUGGGGAGAAGCCAGAGACGAAGUAUGACAAUGGCCUGGAGAUGGAGACAUGCCUGUCAGCCGACCAGGCCCCCAACGCCGAGCUGAUACAGGGGUAUCUGAAAAAGAUCCAGGAUUCCGCAGAACAAGGAAUUACAUUUGUGGGGUUCGUCCAGCAGCCCAGCAGGGCUUUUAUAGUCCACGCCCAUGAUGACCCAGACGAAGUGUCUUUGUCCCUCCAUUCAAGUCCCAGCUCAGUCCAAGGGGAAAAGCUCCACCAAAACCAGGAAAACAAAGAGCAGAAUCUGUCCGAAGAGCAACACCAUCAAGUCGAGAUUGGAGCAAAGACCAGAGACAUCACCUGUGAGUUUGUAGAGCUGGUCCUGGAUGAGGCCAAGAGCCAUAAUGCGGAUAGUGAGAGCGCUGAAGACAGAGUGGAAGGAGCCCCAGAGAGUCCAGCAUCCUCUACUCUCAACACCGUCCGACGAGAAAACGAUGAAUUAUCGGAUGUCAGGAGCAAUGACACGCUGAAGGACAACAACAAUAAGGCAAAAGGCCAGAAAGCAACUAAGGAACAUCAGAACUAUCAAACAUCCUUCAGAAAUGGGGUGGAGCUCUUCGCCUUGUUUAACCAUCCCAAGAUGGGCAAAGGCCUGCUGAAGUACUACACGGUGAAGGUCCCCCUGCGGGUCCAGUGCCAGGAUGAGAGCAUCGUCUCCGUGGAGGCAAACUGGCUGGAUCACAUGACCCAGCACUUUCACAGCGGUGCCUUGUUGAUUGACGGCUACUUCCACCUGGGGAGCGAAAAUGGCAUAGCCUGGGCAAAAUACCUCACUACGUCCCAGAAAUACAGCAAUGUGUCCCCUACGUCCGUGGAGAGCAUCUUCAUCUUCCAGGAGGGGCAGGAGGUAGAAUCCAAUACGGCAACAGCGUAUGAUGCCAUAGUGGUGGAGCAGUGGACUGUUAUCGAUGGUGUGGGAGUGAAGACUGAUUAUAUCCCGCUACUCCAGUCUCUAGCGACAUAUGGAUGGAGGCUUACCUGUGUCCUCCCAACACCAGUUGUCAAGACUAACAGCGACGGGAGUCUGGCCACCAAGCAGAUCGUUUUCCUCCAGAGGCCUGCCUUGCCACGCAAGAAGAAAGAAUCCAAGAAACUGAAUUUCAAAACCAGGAACAAGUCAAAUAAGAACUCUGUCAAAGAUGCUCCGAAUGACAAAGGCAGGAAAAGCGAGUCCCCAGGAGGGGAGAAAGAGACAGAAGCAAAGAUGUCGGAGGAAGGGGAGAAGGUGUCAAAGGCAGAGAUGGAAGCUGUGGUGAGAAGGAAUGAUGAGAACAGGCAGAGUGAGGGAUUAUGCCUGGAGAGAGAGAAAGAAGAGAGGAAAGUUGAGCCGGCGGCUGAAGAUGGGAUUAGUGAGAAUGGGGAGAUGGUGAAGACUGAGGAAGAUAGAGAAGGAGAAGGGAUGGUGGAGACUGAAGUCGAUGAAGAGGGUGAAGUAGAAAACCUAGAGGAGAAGAAGGAUGAGACCCAGGCAAAUACUGAAAACAAAAACAUGGGAAGGAGAGAGGAGGCUGGAGAAGAAAGGGAAUGUCUGGCUGAAGAGGGACCCGAAAAGAAUUUAGCUCUGCGAGUCAUGAAGGGAGAGGCAGGCAAAGAGGAAGACAGGGCCGCAGCAUCUAAUAACAGCGAUGUGGGACAGUCAGAGCAGUGCAAGCGAGACUCCCAUGUUGAGAUCCAGGUUUCGGUGGAGUCGGGGCUCACACAGGAGACCUUGGGAUUCCCCUCCUCUCCAGACCACUCUAGCAACCCUAGUCAUAAGACUGACAGUGACUAAGGCUGCUAAGUGACUAAGACUAGAGGGGCCUUUGAUUACUAAGGGGGUCUUAGUGUCAGCUGCCAAUGGUGAUGACAGUCACAUGUCCUGCUCUCUAAAAGUCGGCGUUUAAAUCAAAUAAAAUUUUAAAGUGAUAGAAUUGAAGUAAGCCCACAACAGCUUCUGUGUACAUGCAGCUAUAUGAUUCUGAAGGUAACCUAAUGAAGAGAGUCCAAUGGAAACUUGGUGAGAGCUGGAGUGGGGGCUGCGGGGGCUGGGGGGGGGCACUGUCAGCCGUGGCGAGGACAUCCAGAAACAAAGCAGAAGUGCUCUGUGUUUUGUCAGCCGUGUUGAAAUGCCGAUGUCCCACCUCCUCUCUCAUCGCUCUACUGUGACGCUUACUGGCGACUUACGGACUGUGGAGGGGCCUGGAGCCCGUGAGGCACCAAGAAGCAGGUGGAAGAAGGAUGCACCUGUCUCCCCCUGCCCCCCCCCCCCACUUCUGUAUCAGGCAUCUUGUGCUGAAAAGGAAAACUGCGGGGAUCGCUGGCUGUUCCAAAGUGUGUGAAAGACGGGGGAGAAAUUUGGGAGGGAGGGGAGCGUUGCAACAUACUGUACUCGUAAGAAAAGUUUGAAAUCAAGUUGUGAUGAAACAGUGUUGUAUCAUGCUGUAAUACAAAUUCUCAGGACAGUCACAUGACACGGCCUUCUGCUUCAGUUCAUUGGUCGGCCAGUCCUGUGCUGCACCAAUGUACCCUGGCCUUGGUCCAAAGCCUCAUUCUUCACACAUCACCGCAUUUCUGCCACCACUGCAAGAGUGAGAUUGGGAGACCUUUUCUGUAGCGUAUGUGGGAUAAAACGCCGUGGAGUAAAGACACAUCAUUUUCUCCUUCAGCAAACGCUUAGAAGUGCAAAGUCUUGUAUCUGUGCCCUGAGUUUUUCUGUUUCUAUUUUUCUGGUUAAGUUAUUUUUUGAUAUGGUCUUGCUAACCAUGCUGGGGCAAGAAGUAGGGAAUAGAAAAAACUUCCAACAAUCUGCUGAAUAUAAAGAAAUUCUGCUUUUGUAUUGCAUAGGAUGUUGCUUUGACUUGGGUGUGUAAUGAGGAAAUAGAUAGUUGUUGACCUGAGAAGGGCUUGUUCCUCCCUCCGCUGUAGCUUUAAUGAAGGUUUAACGACGGCCAGGCUGAUGUGGCGCAGGCCGGUCGGUUGCUUUCACGUUCCUGUGAUUGCCCUGUACAUCCCAAGCAAGAUGACUGUCCAACAAGGAGACACUUUCUCGAAGACAAUACAGAUCAGAUAAAUUACAGAGGUAAUAUGUAGACUUUUAAAUCACUUUAACUUUAAAAGACCUACUGUCAAGGGCGUAGGAGAAAAUUUGAUAUUGGGGGACACAACUUAAUGAUAUAAAUGCAAAGGUCUGUAUUUGGGGUGGGGACAAAUGAAAUAUUUAAUAAAUAAAUAUUGUCAUUUAAUUCCUGAUAAAUCUAAUUUGAAAUCCCCCAAAGAAUAACUUUUCCAAAACAAACAGGAUAUAUGCUCUGCAAUAACACAAAUUAUAUUUAUUUCUUACUGCAUAUUUUCCCCGUAUGUAGCUUAACGUUUAACGUUAUUAGCUGCUUUUUAAUUGUGCAAACAGCAAAGCUUGAUGAUGUUUAUGUCAAAGUUAGCUACAAAAACCAAAAGGUCGGACCAACUCUACUUAAAUCUACUGAAAUGGAUACAUUUUUUCAUUAUAUACAUACAGGCCUGUAGGUGUUGAAAAAAUGUUGCUGUUAAAUACCUUUGGCUUGCCUUGUUUAACAAGCCGGCCCUCUGCAGAGAUGUGUAGCACUCUAAAGACAGUCAUCAGCCUUCUAGUGAAAACUGGAGGUUUAUAUUAUAUUUUGAGCUUAAAGAUUGUGUGUGCAAAAAAAAAAAUGGAAUGUGUCUUGUUAGUAUAUUGACAGUAUAUGGCUGAAAAUGCAGUUGUUAAUAUUAGAAUUUAGUUUGACGAUAAUGUAUUUUUAUGAAGUCCAGUGUUUUUUGGAAAAGAUAUUGUAAUAACAUUGUCGUUGGGAGCUUGUGGGCCCCGGAAUUCAAAAACCUUCUUCAUGCUGCAUCCGCUGGGCCUCUUCUGUCCUGGUUUCGCUCCGGUUUUACGGGGUCCAACCUUCUGGACACUAGACAAGGUCAGAGGCUAAUGUUUGAAAUACUUUGUUGCCUAUUCACUGUUCUUUACAGAUGGAAAUCAUUUUGAGUGUGUGAUUGGUUGCCGCAGUCGUGUCACAUGACGCUUCUAAACAUAUAUCAGGAUGUUGUCUCCACCCACCUUCUGUUUUAUGAAAAUCUCACCUGUGGGUUUUGGCUGAUUAAUAAGAGUUCAAUUUGUCUUCAACCUGCUAUUUUGAAUGAAAAAUAGACUCCCUGAGAUGCCAUUGUUUGUGUUUAUUCAUAUUAAAAUGCAGUUGCCUUUUCAGUCGAUUUGUGAUUUUCAAAAGUGUUUUGCUCAUGCUGCUAAAUCUAUGUAUUAGAAUCAUGUGAUUCCAUGUUUUCCUGCAGUUUUGUAUGUUGUUUAAUGACGUGUUCAUGAUGUAUUGGAAAACGCAAUGGGGAUUUUCUAUGGGCUCCCAUUGUGUAGUAUUCACAGAUUCUGGUGGGGAUAGAGCUUCUGGCAUAAGUGUCAGAAAUGGUGGUAAAUGUUAUGCAUUUCCUACCUUUCCUGCCUCUCACAUCCUCCUGGGGGGAUGAGGGAAGGUGGUCAGACUAUCAAACUAUGCCUGCGACUAUCCUCUGGUGGCAAGCUAAAAAGCAGGAACGGGGAGACGAGGAAGCAGACCAAAGCAAGACAUGAAGCGCGCUCUGUAGGCUGGAGCUGAAUGGCCGCCUUUGUGGCACCCCGACAAAGACAGGCGGCCUGACUGCAGCAGAACCCGGCUGCGUUUGUUUCCCUGGGGGUGUUAGGGUCUGAAAGGGAGCCCCAAGUGCUACACCCGCCAUUCAGAUGGCGCGCAGUUACAGCUCUUUGCAUCUCUCUGCUCCCCACUGCUUGCUCGUGGUCCUUAGCAUACAGGAUUGUCACCGUGUCGGUGUGCGAAUCUCAGACUGACAGCCUGUCACUGCUGCCGUCGUCUCCAGAGCACCUCUCCAGUGCGUACCGCUUAAUUCUCUGUAAGACAUUGCUCUUUGCUUUUCUGUUUUGGAGAGCUCCAUGUUUGUUCACGUUUGACGUCUGUAUAAUUUGUACAUAAUAAAUCUGCUUUUGUGUUUUUUAUAAAUAUAUUUGCUUUAUCAUACAUGACGUAAAUUGUUUCUUUGUCCAGCCAGCCAGUAGUGACAUUCACAUUCUUUUGUGGUAAUGACAUAUUUCCCUGAAUAACCUAAGUUCUUUCGGCUGACAGUUAAAUGUCUGUUUCAGUGUUUGUUCUUCCAUUGAAGGACUUACUAGUCAGAGCUGGAACAUUAAUAAAAUUUGCAUGUCCAAAUGAAGUCCA